AUGUAUGGAGGUUUCGCUGGACUUUUGUGGACUUGCGCUGUAUUAUGUUUCCUUUUGUAUGGUAUUAGUGUUCUAACUGACGAUCCACACGGAGAGGGAAUACAAUGGUUCGGAGUGAUAAUUAUUCUAAUUUGCAUAUUAUCCGGAUUGUUCGCAUACAUUCAGGAAAGUAAAAACAGCAAAGUAAUGGAAUCAUUUACAAAAAUGGUUCCUACUUUUGCAAAUGUAAUUCGCGAAGAAGAGAGGGUGCAAAUUUUAACCGAAGAACUUGUGGUGGGAGAUUUAGUGGAAAUACGUCUUGGUGACAAAAUUCCGGCCGACAUUAGAAUAAUUCAAUCCCAAAGUCUUCGGGUGGAAAAUUCAAGUAUUACAGGAGAGAGUGAACCAUUGACAAGAACCGAUUAUCCAACGGAUUACAAUAUCCUUGAAAGUCAGAACGUAGCAUUUUUCUCAUCCUUUGCGGUUGUUGGUGAAGGAAAGGGAAUUGUAAUAGCGACAGGAGACAAUACAAUGAUUGGUCGCUUAGCUGGUCUAACAACUCAUUUGACAAAAACAGAAACACCAAUUGCUAAGGAAAUUAGACAUUUUGUACGCGUCAUCACCUGUAUUGCCGUUAUUUUCGCAACAAUCUUCUUCUUCCUCUCACUUUUAAUUGAAGCCAAUUUUAUCACAGCCUUCACGUAUUUUCUCGGAAUUCUCAUUGCAAACGUACCCGAAGUUCUCCUCGUCACUGUCACUGCAUCCUUAACCCUAACAGCGAAAAAAAUGGCAAGUAAAAAUUGUUUGGUGAAAAAUUUAGAAGCCGUUGAAACUUUAGGUUCAACAUCAAUAAUUUGCUCCGAUAAAACGGGAACACUCACUCAGAAUAAAAUGACAGUGUCAAAUUUAUGGUUUGGAAAUGCGAGAUAUAAUUUCCCGGCUAAUCAAAUGUUAGGUGUGGAAAGGGAUUUACUGUUAGAAAAACCGGCAUUCAAUAUUCUAAUAAAAGAUGCAACUUUAUGUUUAAGAGCUUUCUUCAAAGCUGAUAAUUCACCAUUCGCAACAAUUGAAGAACGUGAAGUUGUCGGUGAUGCUUCAGAAACUGGAAUUCUGAAAUUCUGCGAGCACAUUAAACCCACAAGACCAUUUCAAGAGGCUUUUCAAAAAAUUGCCGAAAUACCGUUCAAUUCAAAUACAAAAUAUCAAAUGUCAAUUCAUCGUGAAGGCGAUGGGUAUUUGAUGAUUUUAAAGGGAGCGCCCGAAGUUAUUCUUGAAUCGUGUUCAACAAUUCUUGAUUCAAAUGGACAGACAAAAUCAAUGACGGCUGAAGAUUUAAAUGUUUCGCGUCGAGCUUGCGCUGAAAUGGGUUAUCUUGGAGAGAGAGUUUUAGCUUAUUGUGAUUUGACACUUCGGGGAACGAGUUAUGGACCAAAUUACAAAUUCGAUACGGAAACACCGGAGAAAUAUAAUUUUCCAACAAAGGGAUACAGGUUUGUUGGGUUGGUCAGUCUUCUGGAUCCUCCUCGUCCCAUGGUUUAUGACGCAGUACACAAAUGUCGAACAGCUGGUAUCAAGGUGAUAAUGGUAACAGGCGAUCAUCCCGUAACAGCAAUGGCAAUAGCAAAAAAAGUUGGAAUAAUCAGCGAGGGUCACGAAACAAAAUACGACAGAGCAAUUCUUCACGAAAAAACACUAUCCCAAAUAACAACAGAUCAUCCAGCGCAAGCAAUUGUUGUCACCGGUUCCGAACUUCGCAACAUGGACUCCAAUGAACUCGACGAAUUAAUAAAGGACUACGAGGAAAUUGUCUUCGCUCGUACAUCACCCCAACAAAAAUUAUUAAUAGUAGAAAGUUGUCAAAGACUAGGAGAAAUUGUCGCAGUAACCGGCGAUGGUGUUAACGAUUCGCCAGCUCUAAGAAAAGCGGACAUUGGAGUCGCUAUGGGUAUCACGGGAUCUGACGUGGCGAAAAAUGCCGCCGACAUGAUUUUAAUGGACGAUAAUUUUGCCUCCAUUGUAACGGGAAUUGAAGAGGGAAGAUUGAUUUUUGAUAAUUUGAAAAAAUCAAUUGCCUAUACUUUAACAUCAAGUGUACCUGAAAUGCUGCCAAUGUUAGUAAGUCUAUUGUUCUCAAUACCGUUGCCAUUUGUCAUUGAAUUAGUGCUCUGCAUCGACAUUGGAACCGAUUUAUUGCCAGCGAUUGCUCUUGCGUAUGAAAAAUCAGAAUCCGACAUUAUGCAUAGACCACCGAGAGAUCCAAAUCGAGAUAGAUUAAUUAAUCGAAGACUUAUUUCAAUGACUUACGGACAAAUUGGAAUGGUUCAAUCGGUUGCUGGUUUCUAUACUUUUUUCAUUAUUCUACUGUAUCAUGGAUUUAUGCCACUGGAUCUUAUUGGAUUAAGACAAGAUUGGGAGAAUAAAAAAGUUGUUCACCUAAAAGUAUAACGUAACUUACAGUACUUUUUACCUAAUUU